AUGCCCCUCGUCGACCCUGUCACCAUGUCGAGGACGCUGGCCAAGGGCUCCUCUGCGAGCUCCCCGCAGAAGGCCGUCACAAUCAGCCCGGUAGCCGUUCUCGACGCGCCGCUCGCCAGGCCGCUUGCGCUCGCUCGGCCAGCCGCGCUACUGGCGCUCCUCGGAAUGCGCUUCGGCGCUCUCGUCGCGGACCCGGUGCCGACGUUGAAGUCUGCAUUGCCCGUCGUGGCCGUCGUGCAGGCCGUGUACGCGGUGCUCUGUCUCCCGGUUGCCGGGUCGCAGCAAGGCCGGGCUGCAAAGAAGCAACGGCCGGGCGAGAAGAGGAAGGGCGGCGAUGGCGCCGGACCGAGCCCCAUCUCCUCCGCGGUCCUCUCCCUCGUCCUAGCCGCCAUCGCGACCCCCGUCGUGCACAUCCUCUUCGUCCUCUUCGGCGCGCCGUUCCUCGACCACGUCCCGCACACGCUGCUCUGCGCCGCGCACUUCUCCAUGCUGGCGCUGUUCCCGACCUUUUACGCGCGCGGCGUCGACGCGCAGGCCCUCGUGGCCGUGGCCGGCGCGGCCGCGCCCCUGGACGAGACGUUCGGGGCGCUGCUCGGCGCCGUGCUGGGCGCGUGGCUCGGCGCCGUGCCGAUUCCCCUCGACUGGGACCGCGACUGGCAGCGCUGGCCCGUCACCGUCGUGGCGGGCAUGUACGCGGGCGCGACGCUCGGCGCAUUGGCGGCCGGGACGGUCCUUUACGGCAAGAGGUUCUCCGGAGAAGGUGACGAGUCCACGGCUGGUGUGGCAACACCGUCGUCACUCAAGGAAGAGUAG